GUGUAACAAAAGCAUGGGACGAUAUAUUUUCAUGUCAGUAUAAUGAACGUGUUCUAAAAAAUAUUGAUUUUAAACAAAGUAAGAAUUAUUGUAGUAACAGUAUUGUCUAAAUGCGUGUUUUUUAAUUAAUUUCCUUCAGUUAUUAACAUAAGAAACAGUAUCACUAUUAUUCACGCUGUAUCAUGUGAUGUAUCACAAUUAGAUCUUCCUGACGCUGUAUACGUGCUACUAAAACCUGAGACAGAGAGAGUAAAGUUUAUUACUACUAAAAAUACUUGUAUUGAUUUUGUCGUUAAACCGGAUCAUAAUAUUGAUAAGUAUAUGUGCUUGAAGCCAUGGAAUUCAUAUCCAAUUUAGCUUAUAUUUUGAAUUUUAUGUUCUCAGGUGUGAAUGAGACAUUUGGCAUUUUGUUAAACGUGAACUACACCAUUGUAAGCAACAUUGUUGAGAUUUGUCUAUCAAUAUGGAAUUUAUUUAAAUUCUUAAUAUGUACUUGUGUCAAUGGAAUUGUAUGUGCUCUAGAAGAUUUUUCACAAUUUGUACAAGAGAUUUUUGAAGGAAUAUUUGUGGUUAUUCACUUUCUGUGGAGUUUAGGGGAAGGGUUUCUUGAUGCUUGUGCUAGUGUUGUGACUCUUGGAAGAAACUUGAUUAUCAGCCUAUUAAGUUUUGCCUUUGGUAUUAUUUUUGCCAUUCAAGAUCAGUUUACAGCUUUCUUUGAAGUUAUAACUCAUAGUCUGAAGUUGUUGUGUACUUCUCUUGUGUUGCUUUUUCAAACAAUUCCAAAUAUGCUAAUUCAUACCAUAAAAAUAUCCAUUUUAUCAGUUUUUGAAAUUGUACUAAAAUUUUUUUCUAGCAUUUCUGAAGUUUUUCACAAAAUAAAUACUACAGUUGCCAAUUUUGACCAGAAAUGCCGUGAUGCAUUUUUUUCUAUUCCUAUUGAUGCCUAUAUGGGUUUAGGCAUAGCAUUGCUUAGUUUCUAUGUAAUGAAAACUGGAGUGAAUUAUGUUGUGCAACAUGGAAUUUUUAUUCCAAAUUUUCAGGUGCCUCAACAUCUUAAAAGUAUGAUAAAUUAUAUUAUAUCUUUAUUUAGUCAUCUCUAUCAGUGGCUGAUUUCAUGGUUAUUUUAUGAAAAUGAACAGAAUGAGUCUGAUGAUGAAGAAAGUGAUGACCAGGGAACAGAAAAUGAACAUUUUGAAGAACAUGAACAGCAACAGGAAUUAGAAGAGCAACCACUCUCAAAUUUAAACCCCAGCAAAAGGAAAUCAUUGUCAACAAUACGUCUUGAAGAAUCGGAUGAUGAAGAUAACGAUGCAAGUUUGAAAGUUGAAUUAGAGAGAGAAAGAGAGAGACAGCUGUGUGUUGUAUGCCAAGAUCAACUAAAGAGUGUUAUUUUGUUGCCAUGUCGUCAUUUUUGUUUAUGCCAAGCAUGCAGAUCAGCUAUAAUUGUACUUGGAUCUGGAUGUCCUAUUUGUAGGCGUCCAAUUUUAGAUUAUCUUCAUGUAUUUACGUAAUACAUUUCAUCAUAUUUUCUUACCCUAGAAACAGUGACUUACAGCUGAGCUAUAAAACAGUGCGAUGAUGUUGUGUAGAGAAGUAAAGUACCUUAACAGUGAAAAAGAAACUUCUUUAUGAGUUUUGUGGAAAAUGUUCUUCAUAUGAAGUUGACUUAUUAUAGUAUGUUUGUUAGAUGUUUUAAAAAUAAAGUACUUACAUUUCUAAUUAUAAAGUAAUCUGAAUAAAAACUUAAACAUUGUUUGCAGGAAUUUACUGACUUGUUAAGAUAAAGAACAUAAAUGUAAUGCUAGUUGUUAGAAUAACUAUUUCACUGCUAUUAAAAUAUAAACAGCCUAAAAAAUACUGCUCAAUAAUGCUAUGUGAUAAAAGUAAAAUUUUAUUAAAGAAAUUUACAAUUUGUUUGUAUUUUUUGAGGCAGAAUUAUAAUAA